AUGAUCCGAGAGGCCGGUUUCGAUGUGGAAGAUGUCUCUGCCAUUACAAAGGCACCUGAGAUGCUCUCCGGCCGAGUCAAGACUCUUCACCCGGCUGUUCACGCAGGAAUCUUGGCUAGAGAUCUCGCCUCGGACGAGAAAGACCUCGCUGACCAGAACAUCAACAAAGUCGACUAUGUCGUCUGUAACUUGUAUCCCUUCAAAGACACUGUUGCUAAGAUCAACGUGACUAUUCCCGAAGCUGUGGAAGAAAUCGAUAUUGGAGGAGUCACUCUUAUCAGAGCAGCAGCCAAGAACCACGCAAGAGUAACCAUCCUGAGUGAUCCUGCGGAUUAUCACCACUUUCUCCAAGAGCUGGAAAAAGGCGACAUCCCUGAAGAGAGUCGCCAACGAUAUGCGCUAAAGGCAUUCGAGCAUACCGCAGAUUACGAUGCCGCCAUCUCUGACUUCUUCCGCAAACAAUAUGCCGGGAAUGGUGUACAACAGCUCUCCCUGCGAUACGGAGCUAACCCCCACCAGAAGCCUGCUGCAGCAUUCGUGCGCAAUGGGAAGCUGCCCUUCAAAGUCUUGGGCGGCUCUCCAGGCUACAUCAAUCUCCUUGAUUGUUUGAAUGCCUGGCCCCUGGUGAAAGAACUCAAGCAAGCACUAGGACUUCCAGCUGCCGCAAGCUUCAAGCAUGUCUCCCCUGCAGGAGCUGCUAUUGCGGUGCCCCUGAAUGAAAAAGAGCGACGAGUGUACAUGGUCGAUGACAUUGAAGGGAUCGAGAGUUCAGGUCUGGCGCAAGCGUACGCCCGUGCACGGGGUGCGGAUAGAAUGUCGAGCUUCGGCGACGUGAUUGCUCUCUCCGACAAAUGCGAUGUCCCUACCGCGAAGAUUAUCUCCCGAGAAGUUUCGGAUGGAGUCAUUGCGCCAGAGUAUGAGCCAGCAGCGCUCGAGAUUCUCAAAAAGAAGAAAGGAGGCAAAUAUCUGGUACUCCAGAUGGACGAGAGUUAUGAACCUCCGGCACAAGAAACACGCACCGUUUACGGCGUUCAACUGACGCAAGGUCGAAACGAUGUCAAGAUCUCGCCGAACGAGACGUUCGCCUCCAUUAUCCGGCCUAAGGAUUCUGCCAAAUUGUCAGACUCGGCGCUGCGCGACCUUACGGUUGCAACCAUUGCAGUGAAAUAUACCCAGUCUAACUCAGUCUGCUAUGCGUUAAACGGCCAAGUUAUUGGUCUCGGUGCCGGGCAGCAGAGCAGGAUUCACUGCACGCGAUUAGCGGGUGAUAAGGCUGAUAACUGGUGGAUGCGUUUCCACGAACGCACGCUGUCGAUAGAGUGGGCCAAGGGCGUCAAGCGGUCGGAAAAAUCCAAUGCGAUUGACAUGCUGUGUUCCGGCCAGGUACCGCCUCAGAGCGAGUUCGAGACGAAAGAUUAUGAGAGCAAUUUCGCAGCGGGGAGUGUGCCGAAGCCCUUCUCCCCUGAGGAAAGACGUCAAUGGUUGGGCAAACUGAGCGAGGUCGCCGUUUCAAGUGAUGCUUUCGUGAGUUCUGUUGACCCUUUGCCAUUUUCUUCAUUCGCUGACGCGGACCAGUUUCCCUUCGUGGACAACGUGUACCGAGCUGCCCGAAGCGGCGUGAAAUACAUUGCUGCCCCGACGGGUUCGCAGAAUGACGGUGCCGUAUUCGACACGGCGGAAAAUCUGGGGAUAACAUUCAUUGAGCAGAGCACGAGACUGUUCCACCACUAA